UUGUUUACGUUGAACAUGUCAUUUGUUGCAUGUACUUUGUGCAAAGUUCUUGCAAUUUUACACCUCAUCUUACCAAACGACCUCAUGAUCGACCUUCAACGAACGUAGAAUCAGUGAUUGUUGUCAUUUCUUGAGUAAAUUCGACACAUUUCUCAAGCCAUCGUUAAAAUGACUGCGUUGUUGCUUGGCUGGUUUCGACCAUGCUUCGCUACAAAGUUCUGCGUAGUUUGAAAAAUUAUUUUCUUACUGGAAAAAUGGUUGACGCUAAGAUCAAAGAUUUCGGCUAUAAUUUAUGUCGAAAAUAUCUUGGUGAGGAAUGGAAGAAAAUCAGUCCACAACAUUUUGAAAUUGAACGAAUUCAUGGUGGAUUAACAAAUCAUUUGUUUCUGUGCUCUCUGCCACAUGAAUAUGCAAAUUCAAAUCCUGAUGGUGUGAACAAAGCACUGCUUCGGCUAUAUGGUGCAUUCUAUGCAGAUUUGUCUGACAACAAUGUUCGCAUGAUGGAGGAAUGCAUCAUUUGCGGCCUUUUAGCUGAAAAAAAGAUGGCCCCAGAGUUGUAUGGUAUAUUUCCUGAAGGAAGACUUGAACAGUUUAUUCCUAAUGUUCGAGCAUUGACUAGUUGGGAAGUCCAGUAUCCUCGUUUAUCACGACAAAUAGCUGAGCAUGUAGCUGCAUUUCAUAAGCUAAAACUUCCUCUCUCAAAGGAAGGAACUUGGUUUUUGGAUUCACUUCAAAUGCACGUGGUUGAAAACAGCCAAUCACCAGUUUUCUUCUGCCAUAAUGACGUACAACCAGGAAACUUGUUGGUGAAAGCAAAUGAAGAUCUCGAUGAGGCGAAAAUUCGUGUGAUUGAUUUCGAAUAUUCUUGUUAUAACUACAGAGGAUACGAUAUUGGUAAUCAUUUCAGUGAAUGCAUAUUUGAUUAUAAUUAUCCACAUUAUCCCUUUUUUACCGGAGACGUCUCCAAAUAUCCCUCUUAUGAUCAAAAGGUAUUUUUCAUCCGUGCGUAUUUACAAGCUUACAAUGAAACGACUGAUGUCACGUUAGACGAGAUUGAAAAAGUUAUCGACGAAGCUGAUAGAUUGUCUCUUCUUUCUCAUUUCUUUUGGGCGAUGUUUUCAAUACUUCAAAGUUAUAAGUCGUCGAUCAAUUUUGGUUAUCUCGAAUACGCCCUUUUUCGAAUGGAAUGCUUAAAUCAUUUCAGGCAUUUUUCCGAGGAGAAACCUGGAGACAAGUUGCGUCACGAUAAUGGUAAAAUCCAUUGUGAUGUUUAGGGUGAAGUACAUUUUUUGGUGAUUAGAAAGAAUGUCAUUCAGAUGUAGCAUGUAUGUAAAUUAUCUCCACCAACACAAUUGCUUGUUUGCGUCUUCAUUCAAAGUCUUCUUGCAUAACGGGGUUUCUACUCAAAUUUUCAAAUGAAUUAUCUAGUGGUUUAACUCUAUCUAAUCAACAAGGAGUUAGAUACACUGUGUUGUCAAUAGGUUAUGUGCAACCAUCCUCUUUGGCGGGAACAAUAUUGCUUCAUGACAAACCAGAUAAUAUAUCAGAUAGUCGCAUGAAAUGCAUGACAAAUCCAAGAUGGCGUGAGAACGAGGCAAAAAACAUCAAAAUUUUUGCAAUUUACUUUCAGCGCAAACGUCAAAGAAUCGUUAGAAAAGACGUCACUGCAAAACUAUAUCAUUAAAUAUGCCAUCAUUUGGGGAAAAAAAUUAUUAUUUUACCACAGCAUUUUUCAACAAUUUUUUUCACGCUAUUUUAAAAGAAUGAUGAUGGUAAAGGUUCUAUUGAAAGAAUUAUUAUCAAAUGUCAAUAUUAUGCAAAGUUUCAUAAGAUGUAUUCAUGAAAGUUAAGAAAACACAAUAUUAAAUAUUCUUUGUCAUUUUCA